AUGGAGCGCGCGAACUCCGCCCGUGCGGGCGAGUGCGACAUCUGUCUCGAGCAGAUCACGGCGCCCGGCACGGUGAAGGCGCCCAUGGAGAUUGGCCCUUGUCAACAUGUCUUCUGCGCGCCGUGCGUGGACGCGCUGAUGCAGACGCGUCGCGGGGCGCGCGAGGCCGCGGUGUGCCCCACGUGCCGCGGCCCCGUCCACGUGGAGCUCGUGCUGCCCGGGCCAACGGAGGGGGAGUCUGGAGGGGGGGAGUCGUCGCGCGACGAGGGCGCCGGCGUGGCGCGGCUGGUGGGGCAGCUGCGCGCGGCGACGGGCGACGGGCAGAGGGAGGAGCUGGGGAACGCGCUCGCGAGCUACCUGGCCGGGGGCUUCUUCCAGCGGCAGAUGAUGGCUGCGGACGCCGGCGCGUGCUCCGCCCUCGCCGCCGCCCUCUCUGCCUCCUCCUCCGACGCUGCCAUCUGCGCUCUCGGCACUGCCGUCGACAUGCUCCUGGCAGGCGACGACUCAGGAGCCCACGCCCGCCGCAACCGCGCCCUGCGCGAAGGCGUCCACGAGGCCGUCGCGGCCGCGCUCGGCGCCACGCGCUCCGACAACGUGCGCAUCUGCCUGUCCGGCGCAGCGGCGUCGCUCGUGCACAGCGCGCACGGCGCCGUGACCGUUCCGCGGCGCCAGGGCGGGCUCUUCAGCUUCCUGAUCUGCGGCGGCGGCGGCGCGCCGACCGACGCCGAGAGCGGCAUGGGCGAGGGCGCGUGGCGCGACGGCGCGGUCGCGGCGGGCAUGGUGCAGGCGCUGCACGCUGCGGCGGCCACCGCCGCCACCGAGCCCGCGUGCGCGGCCGCGGCGGCCGCGAUCGCGAAUGUCACGGCGCGCGGCGGCAGGGAGGGCGAGCGCCGCGACGCCUUUAACAAGAUUGGUACGACAGAAGUGCUGUGCAAGGCGCUCCUGAACUGCACGACCGACAGCUCGCGCAUCGCGAUCGGCGGGGCGCUGCGGAACAUCCUCGGGCCCGCGGGCAAGGCCGGGUCGCGCCGCGACGCCGCGCACCGCGCGCAGGCGCAGCGCGCCAUCCGCCGGCAGCUGCGGCGGUCCGCCGGCGAGCCCGCGUGGCGCGCGCUGGCGUCCGCGGCGCAGAACCUGAUGCACCCGGGCGGGGCGCGGUACGAGCGGAUCGAGUACGGGCAGGAGCAGGAGCUUGACAUGGCGCUGGAGGAGUGUCUCGUGCGCGCGGUCGAGAAGUCGACGCAGCGGGCGCUGGGCGGCGGGCUCGUGCUGAUGCGCAUGACGGGCACGGUGGAGAACGAGAUCGAGAGGGUGCGCGUGCGGGCGAUCGCGCAGGAGGAGCGCGACGCGCGCGCGCAGGCGCAGUCGGCUGUGUGA